AUGGUCAGUUUACAAAGCUUCAAGGAUGAGUUUCAUCUCAAGAAUGGAUCUCAAAACCAUCAAGCCAGUACUCUGUCAAACAUCACGAGGAUGGUGCAACUUGGCAGCAUAGUUGGUCCUUUCCUUACCUUCCUUAUUUGUGACAAACUCGGUCGUGUACAAACUCUUCGCAUUCUGAGCGUUCUGUGGCUUGUCGGCUUCAUCAUUGUUGUAGCCAGCCACGGUAAUCUUGGCCAGGUACUCGGGGGUAGAUUCAUUGCAGGCCUGGGAAUUGGCAUGACUACCGUUGUCGGGCCUAUGUACAUCGCCGAAAUUGCCCCAAAGUCUGUGCGUGGUAUGCUAACAAAUAUCUUUGCCGGGUCCGUUUAUCUGGGUGCGACUAUUGCAUUCUUCAGCAAUUGGAGAGAACAUGGCUGGUCCGAUGGCCGCACUGUGACCAAAUUAUCCAUCCACCGGGGUUAA